UUUUCAACAUUAAAACGCUGAUGGUUAAAGUAUAAACAAUUGAAACUCUAACGUCAGGCAUUCCAGACUUUGAUGUUAGUGGACUACGAGCAAGCACAUCCAGCAAAAGGGCUGUCCAACAGGUUGCAGGAUCGCAUUCUGAUAUAAUGACAGAAGUUACAAAAGAAACUUUUGGGACAUUGCCUGAUGGAGGGGGCGUUGUCGAUAAGUUCAUAUUAAAAUCGGAUUCUGUGACAGUUGAAAUUAUAUCUUUCGGAUGCAUAGUAACUACCCUGCAAACUAAAGACAGGCACGGCAAAGUCGCUGAUAUCGUGCUAGGGUUUGACAAUUUAGAAGGCUACAUUAAAAAACAUCCCUAUUUUGGAGCUGUUGUUGGGCGCGUUGCCAACAGGAUUAGCAGUGGGAAGUUUUCCAUUGACGGACAAGAAUAUCAGCUGGCAAUCAAUAAGGAACCCAAUAGUAUUCAUGGAGGAAUAAAAGGGUUUGAUAAGGCACUUUGGACCCCUGAAGUACUGCCAAAUGGUGUGAGAUUUGCACUUGUGAGUCCAGAUAAAGAUGAAGGAUUCCCUGGUGAACUAAAAGUGUGGGUGACAUACACACUGGCCGAAGGAGAGCUGACAAUCGACUACAGAGCAAAGACUAGCAAAACAACGCCAGUCAAUCUGACAAAUCAUUCAUAUUUUAACCUUGCAGGCCAUGGAGCUCCUAAUAUCUAUGAUCAUGAGGUCUGUAUUACAGCAGAAUCCUAUCUUCCGGCUGAUGAUGUUCAGAUACCUACAGGAGAGAUUGCUUCAGUCCAGAAUACUUACUUUGAUUUGAGGAAAGCCGUGAAGCUUGGAAGUCACAUGCAGCAGUUUCACAUGAAUGGCUUUGACCACAAUUUCUGCUUGCCUAUUGGAAAGGACAAGAAACACUGUGCAAGAGUUUACCAUCCUGCUACUGGUAGGGUAUUGGAUGUCUGCACCACUCAGCCAGGAGUCCAGUUUUAUACAAUGAAUGCUGUUACUGAACCUAUAAAGGGAAAGAACGGUGCAACCUACUGUAAACAUUCUGCCUUCUGCCUUGAAACUCAGAAUUGGCCUGAUGCAGUCAAUAAGCUGAAUUUUCCAGACUCGUUACUGCGACCUGGCGAAGAAUACCAGCACACAACUUGGUUGAAAUUUUCAGCAGCUUAAAGAAUCUGAGCUUCAAAUUUGUUUUUACUGUUAUAUUCUUGAUUGACUAAUGCAAUAAUUUUCUAUGAUUAUUUUGUACUUCUACAUUACCAAGUAAAUAAAUACUUGUUUAUUCUUUAGCAAACUAAACCUAAGACUUCAUUUGGUAGCCCAUGUGAUUUCUCAACUUUCAUGUCUUAAUCACUCUAGCAUUGUUGAAAUAAUGGAGCAAUUACAAAUUUUCUAUACAUAAUUUCUCUACUUGAAAUGGUUAACUAUUGAUAUUAUGAUUAUAUCGGAUUAUCAAGGUAAUUCCUUAACAAGUCUGAUUAUGAACACAGUUACUUCAUUUUUAUCUUUACAAGUUGCAGAAAAAAAUGGACCACUUUCCUUUAGCUUAUUCUUUUUUGUGCAACCAUUUAUUUUAAUUUUGACUUCUUUUUUCACAUUCUCCACCUUUCAGUAUCCUUUCCUACUCCUGCCUUCACUAUCGUCUUUCUUCGUACUUUUCUCUUUGUCUUCAUCCCCUCUACUGUCUUUGUUUUGUACAUUUCCUCCUCACUGACUUCUUUUGAUGACAUGAUAUCUCUAUUUCUGGUUGUCUCCUAUUCUUUGUAUUGUUUUCUGAAACUGUACUAUUCAUUUGUAAUGUUCAUUAGAGAAGGUUCCUGUCUUUGCACAAAGCAAAAUAUAUGUUAGUGUAUUGUAACUAAUAGACUAAUUGAUAUAUUAGUAUUGCUGAAAUGUAAUUUCAGAUUAUUGAUGUAGCUUUUGUAUGUUUUGUUGUAAGCUUGAAUUUUAUUUUCAGUUUGAUUGAAAUGUUUUCUUUAUGCUUUGUUUCUACUGAAAAUUGGUAAUGCCCAGUUGGAAUUUCCAAAUUAACAAAAUAAUUUGCUAAUAAAAAUAUGCGCUAGCAUUAUUUUGAAAACAA